AUGUCGACCGAUACAUUAUCCUCCCCCACCUCUCCCAACUCGCCACCAACAUCUCGACCAUCUUCGCGCGCAUCAAGAGUGAAGAUGUCUAUCGAUCUUUCUGCAAUUCCUCCUUUGCAAAUGCCCACACCUCCAUCAAACACUCUCAUUAUUACGAACCUGCAGGAUUCCUCGGUAUUCCGCGCCGACAACCUCCAAACCAUCCGAGAGCUUAUCAACACCUCCGCCCCAAUCCACUCAUGGGCACCUCUCAAAUCAUUCCGACGCAUUAUUGUCUCUUUCUUCGAUGAAGCAUCUGCCAUCCGAAUCCGCCAGAUUCUCGACGGUGAAGCCAUCAUGGGUGAGCGCGUAAAAGUCUACUUCGGCCAACCAACCUCCAUCGAAGUCAAGGAUGAGCACCUGAACUUGCCAGACGCAGGCAAGCUAUUCUUCAUCUCGCCACCACCAUCUCCACCUCACGGCUGGGAAAUGAAGCUCGAGGAUGCGCCGAAUAAGCUGGUACAUGCAGAGGAUCUGGCGGAGGCCUUGGCCAAGCUGCAUGCUAAGCCUAGAACUGACUUGCCGGCCAGUCCGAUCAGUGAUGGAGAGGAGGGCAGAGUCAUCAGGACGAGAAGCGGCUCCAGUACCACCAUCUACAACCCAAGCGAGCAUGGCCACAGUCCGAACUUGCCGGCUAUUUCGGUGGAGGAUCUGACAGGCGAGAAUGAGAUCAGCCCGAUCGAACAAGAGAAGCCUAUUUUUGCGCAUACGUCACGGCCACCCGUAGAGUUGAUGGAGCAGAAGUCAUGA